CACGUCGCGCCGAAAAUGUAAUAACUCGAAAAGCGUCAACAGAAGCUGCAACAACGCUUACUUGAACGAUUCUGGUGGCUGUUGUAUAUGAGCGGUCCCAUGGCUGGCUCCGCAGCCUCCAGUUCUAAAGACCGUCCAGCCUCCAGGACCAGUUUCAUCCCAGAGCUACAAAGCAUGAUGUUUGCUCUGGGAGACGCUCGCAGGCCUCUGCACGAGACCGCAGCUCUGGUGGAGGACAUCGUGCACACACAGCUCAUUACUAUGCUGCAUCAGGCCUGCGAGGGGGCGUCUCUUCGUGGGUCGAGGGUCAUUUCACCGGAGGACAUCCUGUUCCUGAUGAGGAGGGACAAGAGGAAGGUGGCUAGAUUGUUAAAAUAUCUCCAGUUUAGAGAUUAUAAAUCCAAACUACUCAAAACUGUGGAGGAUGAGGAAACGCUGCAAGAAGCAGACAAAUUGGGUGUUGCCGGGGUUACCCAGCGGAGGCAGCGAAUGGCCCAGGAUUUUCUGGUGUGGCUGGAUCAGACCGGCGAGCUCCUGUCGUUGGCUGAGCGACAGGAAGUAGAUCCAGUCAAACAGGAGCGGAUGGAGCGUUUGGAGCGUCAGACUCGAGCUAUGGACCAGGCUCAGUACUCUGAGUUCUGUGAGAGUAGACAGCUCAGCUUUGCUAAGAAGGCGUCAAAGUUUCGUGACUGGCUGGACUGCAGCAGUUUGGAGCUGAAACCCAACAGCAUCUCCAUGGAGAUCUUGUCAUACCUGGCCUAUGAGACUGUUGCCCAGAUUGUGGAUUUGUCUCUGUUGGUAAAGCAAGAAAUGACUGCGAAAACAGACCCCAUCGCUCGCGUUAUCUCCAACAGCUACAUCCACUACAACACACACACUGAAGUAAAGAAGGAUCCAGACUCCCCCGAAGCCACUCCCCCUUCCACACCUAGCUCCUCCCACUCGUCCAAAUCCGUCCCACAGGGUAACGGCAGCGUGGACGGCCGAGGGAGACAGAGGAAACGCAAAAAGAGUUGUCCGGCCACAGUGGAACCUCCCAGUGGAGCCAUCCAGCCCUGUCACAUCAGAGAGGCUAUUAGAAGAUACAACUACAGACACACAAGUGCUUAUUGGAGAAAUGGGAUGGCCUUCCUUGCCUGCUGAAGACGCAACACAUUCCUAUGUCCGUGAAUGAAUAAUUUCCUUUGUGCUUCCAUUGUUAUAAUAAAGACUUUUCAGUAA